AUGGCCUCGUCGGCAUCGCCCAUAGAUAUCGCCACGCCGCGUGCGUCGCCUCCCAACCAGACUUCCAACUUGACCAGCCAGCUGCAAGCUGCAAAUGCACGUAGCGGCGACACCCAACCGCCAACCUUCAUGGCCAACAUGGAGCGUCGCGGCAGCGAGUUCAGACCCGACAGCUUGCGUCAUGGCUCCAUCAAUAUGGGCAACUCAUUUCACUCACGCCCCAUAUCCAUGCGCGACCGCGGCCGCCGCGACAGCACUAACCAUGCCGGCAGCCUCAUGGCUGGCAUGAGCUGGGGAGGUCUCUCUGUUGGCAGCUUCAUCCGCGACGAUUUAAUCAUGGCCGGCACAUCGCCUUACAACUUCCAGUCACCGUCUUUCCAUUCUUCUUCGUACCUUCCUAAGAUGGAGGCAAAUUUCAUGAAGGACUACAUUUGCUGCGGAAUUACCCUCGACUCGCUCCAUGAGCUGCUACAGCAUUAUGAAGAAGCCCACGCUCAAGUACCCACUCAGACCAUGGGCCGUACUCCCAAGGAACAUCUGCUUGCCAACGCUCGCAACGCAAACGCUGGUACUGCCGCCCAAAUGCUGCAGCAGCAGCAACAGAGCCAGCCCCACAAUCACCAACAAGCUCCUCAAUUUGAUCAUCCUUCGGGUCUAUCCCAAGGUCUGGCCCGCGAUCCUUUGCAGGAUCACGACAUGGAUGAUAUGGAUAUGGACAUGGAUGACACCAGCACCGCACCCGCUGUGCAAGACCCAUACCAGAGCCACCAGUUUCAACCGCAACCACAAUUCGGCAGACAGCAGGCCAGAGCCCCAUCACUCAAUAUCGGCAUGGCCAGUGCUUUCCAAAAUACACAACAAGUCAACAAUGUGUCGACACCCACAACCCCACAACCUGGCCAGAACAUGCAGCUCGGCGGUUUCAAUCCUACCGUGUCAUCUGUAAAUACACCCACGUUUGGACACACGUCGCAGACUGUUAGCCCGUCCGAGUCGACUGUGCACACGCCUGGCGAAAUUGACCCUUCCAACUUCAAUACCAGCAUGUCUGGCUUUGGCUUCACUGACAUGAAUGGCCAACAGGAUGAGUCACGCUGUAUCGAUGACCCCGCCAAGCGUCUACUCAGCAAACAAGGUGGCAUGGGCGGAUUCAAAAACCCAAGUCAAUUUGCCAACAAUAGCGAGCUGGCGAAACGUCUUCGCGAACAACAGCUCAUUCAAGGUUUCGGUUUCCCUGGUGAAGAAGCAAAGCCCUUCCGUUGCCCCGUCAUUGGCUGCGAGAAGGCAUACAAGAACCAGAAUGGUCUCAAAUAUCACAAACAACAGCUCAAGGAGAACCCCGAUGGUACAUUCUCCAUUGUAGACCCCGCCACAUCCAUUCCCUAUCCCGGUACCGUCGGUAUGGANAAGGAGAAGCCUUACCGCUGUGAGGUUUGCGGCAAACGCUACAAGAACUUGAACGGUCUCAAAUACCACCGUCAACACUCACCGCCAUGCAAUCCCGAUCUCAAACUCAACCCUGUCGCGGUUGCCCAAAUGCCCAAUGGUAUGCAAGCCAUGAAUGUCAACGUCGCCGGAGCUGGUUUGUCCAUGGGUAUGGACGAUGGUCUGGGCUACUAG